UGUUGCGCGCGCCUGGCGUGCUCUGCUGCGGGGCUGAGAGGCGACGAGGCGCGCUGCAUACCAACACUCACUUCCACGGGAGUACCCACGCACCGCCACCUUGUCUCGGAAGACAUCUUCGCCAAGUUUCUGCAGAGAAUCCCGGAGCGCACCAAACUCCCGUUGAGGAAUAUUUGUUUUUUUGCCUUUGCUGACAUUUAACAGGCGUGAAAAACCUCGCGUAGAGUCCCAGCGCGACGGAAAAGACGACAAGUGGACCCGACUGAUGUUCGGCGAGUAGAGGACGCUUGUUUGCUUGACAUUUCCAUAGCAGGAAUAAUCCUUAAAUCAACAUAAACAGAAGGAAACGUGCGUGUGUGGAAUCCAUCACAACUCUCAUCAUGGGCUGCCCCCUGUUGCGGAACGUCUUGGCCGGUUUGGUCCUGAUGCUGGUGCGCAAAGGCUGGAGUGUGCACGGAGCGGAAUUUGGGCACCUGCCGGAAAACAUUACAGUUCUAGAAGGCGAUAGCGUCACAUUGAGGUGCCGGAUCCACGAAGAAGUGACACACAAGGCCUGGCUAAACCGCUCCAACAUUCUGUUCGCGGGCAGCGACAAGUGGUCGCUGGACAAGCGCGUCACGCUGGUCAAUAGCAACAACAGUGACUUCUCAGUCCACAUCGAUAAGGUGCGAGUGAGCGACGAGGGGCCCUACACGUGCACCUUCCAGGCCAACAACAAGCCACACAUCGCCCACGUCUACCUCAUUGUGCAAGUACCAGCCAGAAUCAUCAACAUUUCCUCGGACGUGUCGGUGAAUGAGGGUGAGAACGUCAACCUCUUCUGUCUAGCCGUGGGCCGACCCGAACCCACCGUCACCUGGAAGGACCAGAAAUACGGUCUGGUGAGUGAGGGCGAGUUCCUGGACAUAACGGAGAUCAAGCGUCAACAGGCUGAAGACUAUGAGUGCAUCACCCACAAUGGCGUGGCCCCGCCCGACCAGCGCAAAGUCAAAGUCAACGUCAACUACCCACCCAGCAUCACUGAUAUGAAGAACUUGCCCGCCCACUUGGGGAAGGCGGUCGUCUUGCGCUGCGAAGCCAUGGCGGUGCCCCCUGCCUCCUUUGAGUGGUACCGAGACGACCACAGGCCCGUGAGGAACGACGCCACCAUCCGAAUCAAGAAUGAGAAGACUCGCUCGAUUCUGCUUUUCACCAACGUGACAGAGAAGGACUUCGGCAACUACACCUGCUUCGCCACCAACCGUCUUGGAGCCUCCAACGCCAGCAUGUUGCUAUUCCGACCGGGUGCCAUACAGGGUCGAGCAAGCACUCUACAAUCAGGCUUAAGCGUCGCCCUCAGCAUUUGGAUCACCCUCUCUGCUGUUGUGCUGCUGCAGGUGUAACGAUAGCAACCCCCCCCGAGAAGCGGAAAGGAAUGCCCCCCUCGCCCCAACCCCCCUGGCCCUCAACAAAAACGAAGAAGGAAAUUGAAUUCUUUAAUUAACGAACCCAUCACUGUGAACAAAAAGAAUAUGCAUUGAAUCAUUGCAUCAAACUGGAGACACCCAACUCGCCCCAUCCAGUAACCCCUCAAUGACACGCCCUCCAAGCACUGUCAUGAUCUGUCCGUCUCCCACAAUGCCUUGCAGAUUUGAGUGUACAUUAAUGAUUAUUGUGACCAGUGAGGAAAAUGGCUGUAAUAACAAAAGGGAUGUAAUGUGUAUCUAUGUACUAAUGACUGACUUACUAAGUCUGCCUUAUGGAAAAGUGAAUCAUCAAAGUCACGCUGUGUUAUUAUGGUGGACAUGUAUUGGUAAUGUGACCUGUUUAAGGCUACACAUACACAUAUUCACAGUGGUGGUCAAAAGUUUACAAAUACACACGGGCGUUAAUAUUUUAUUGCCAUUUGCAAUGAUAGCUGUCCAAUUCAUUUGAAUAGGGAAAGGCUGGCAGCGAUCGAUCGCUCCUAAUUCCAAUGGCAGGGAAUUAAGGGAGUUUAUAUCAUUUCAUGGGUUAUCAUAUUUUUUGGGCAAUUGGAUGGAUUGAUUUUGAGUAGGAAGAAUCAUAAAAAUGGCCAAUAAAAUAAUUCAAAGAACUGUUGAUUUAAAGACAGUGUAACAGUACAGUUACACAGUUUAACUUAAUACUAUAAUUGUACGGGUAGACUUAGAACAAUAGGUAAAUGUCCAAUUAACUCGUAUAAAUUGAAAUGACGAAUUUCAUGAUGAGCUAUCGAUUCGCUGGACGAUAUAUUUGUCGAUAUUUGCCACAAUUUGAUUCAAUUCAAGAGCCUUUGAGCAAUUUAAUACGAUACUAUAAUGAAUGAGUUACAUUUCACCUAAUGCAAAAAAAAAAAAAAUGUAUUCAAAGCUAUUUUGACAUAUUUGACAAUUUUCCUGUUUUUCAGACAUAGAAUGAAAAAUAUAUCUAAAAGGCGACGAUGUUAAUCAAUACUUUGCAUUUAAAUGGAGUUCUAUUUGAUUCUUUUGUAACCAAGCUUUUAUUGCGGUGAUUUCACUGCACUUUCGUUCCCCACUACAUCAGUUUCAAACUUGCACCGUCACUCUGAAAGUCAAGCAUGCUGACUACUGAGCUAAAAGCCCAAGCUAGCAGUUUCAGUCGCUAGCACUCAAUUUUGAAGGCAUCAGGAGUAGGGUUGGGAGUCAUUUGAAUUUGUACAGUUACGAUUCCGAUUCCACGUUUCGAUUCCGGUUCCAAACGAUUCUCAAUUCCGAAUCUUUUAAUAGGCAGGGUAAAAAAAAAAUUGCAUAGUUUAUAUUAAUUUUCAAAACUUCUCAAUUAUUAUUUUCUUUUUUUUAAUUAUAUGAAUUUCUCACAGGGCUAUUUUUAACUUGUGUAUAAAAAUCAGUAUUUGAACUUUAAUACGAUGAAGUUUUUUUCCACAGGAGUGCACUUUCACAAAGAUGUUUAUUUUACAAAAGAUCACGGACAUUCACACAAAUUCUUUUGCCUGUACUUUAGAGUGUCGUAUGCGCUUCAGGCCCACAAAUUGACUAACCUGAUGCAGAAUAUGACACAAACAAACAAACAAAAAACAACUUGUAAAACCGAGUCCAGAUUAGCAGCAGGUACAGUAGAAAAUCAGAAAGUUUUUGUUGAGGAAAAUGAUCAUAUCUGCCUUCUCAGGCAGUAACCGUGAGCAUUCUGGACAAAUAGUGUCUCCGACAGUGGAGAACAAACAUUUACUGGGUGUAGAUGAAGCUUGAAUGCAUAAAUAUGAGAAAGCGAGAAAAAGAUGUAACUAUUACGUAGGGGUAAGGUAGCUGUGAGCCACUACGCACUUUACAUACAGGUACCUUAGCUGGGAGACUGUUGAUUUUAACGGAGGCGGCAACGCGCUAUGUAAAAUACGUAACAGCUUAUAUAGCUACAUUAGCCCGAUGUAAUAAUACGAUUUAUUCUCGUACUAUUCCAUCCAUCCAUCUGUCAUGUACUGCUUAUUCCGGGUCGUGUAGCGGGGAUAGCAGAAGACAGACGUAAUUUAUUGUUUUACUUACCUGGUUCUGACUGGUUAGAGGACCGGCGCAGCGUGUCAAAUAUGCAGCACUCAGCUCUGCAUUACUCGGCACUUGUAUUCCAUGAAGCCGGAGGUGUUUAAUCAUAUUGGUCAUUCAGCCACCUUUGCAUGAUAUACAGUGGGGCAAAUAAGUAUUUAGUCAACCACCAAUUGUGCAAG